GAGCGCUCUUCAGUGGAGAUGAGAUGAUCGUGAUGAUAACACAUGAACGCUGAGGAAGGAGUACUUCUGGACUAAGACAGAGCUCUGGCAAUAAGUUUUCACAAUGUUCCUGAAUACAACUGAGGGGUCCCUCCCCACUGAGGCUUCAGAGCUGGAUUGGAUGCAAAUGGACCCGAACAACUGUACAGCACUCCACAACUACACCUUAGCCUGGAAAUGGCUCUCGACCUACCAGCCAGCCUAUCUCAUCCUGAUCAGUGUGGUUGGCGUGGUUGCCAACAGCCUGGUCCUGUGUGUCUUCUGUCUUCAGAGGAAGCCAUGCACCGUGGCUGAUGUCUACCUGGGCAACCUGGCUGCAGCUGACCUGGUCCUAGUGUCCUGCCUGCCCUUCUGGGCCUCUACCAUAGCUAACAACUACCACUGGGUGUUCGGCCAGCUCAUGUGCAAGCUGGUCAACGUGGCCAUCUCCAUGAACUACUAUUGUAGCGUCUUCUUCCUGGUGCAGAUUAGCAUCGACCGCUAUCUGGCGCUGGUCCGACCUAUGUGUCAAAGCCGGUUGCGAAGGGCCGCCUGGGCUAAGGGCAUCUGCCUGGGUAUUUGGGUGUUGGGGUUCCUGCUGAGCCUGCCCAUCCUGGUGUUCCGCCAGGUGAAUUAUGUGGCCAAGGCCUCUGUGACAGCCUGCUACCUGGCCUUCCCCGACCCGGACUGGCAAAUCCAGCGUAACAUCACCAAUAACGUGGUUGGGUUCCUGCUUCCUGUGACGGUGGUGGCGUACUGCAGCCACCACAUUGUGAUGGCCCUGAAAGAAGGUCAGCUCAGGAAAAGUCCUCUGGGGAGGUCGGAGAGGAAGGCCACAAAACUGGUCUUUAUCGUCCUGGCAACCUUCCUCAUCUGCUGGACACCCUUCCAAGUUGUGAGAUUCCUAGAUACAUUGGAUUACUUCCAGGUCACUACAGGGUGCCUCUGGGGUCACAUUCUGGACAUUUGCAUACAGCUGUCCACUUACCUGGCCUACGCUAACAGCACCAUAAACCCUUUUUUGUAUGUCAUUGUUGGGAGACACUUCAGGAAAAGAGCCAAAGAGGUUUUUGGGACAAUGCUAAACCGAAGAUUUACUGAUAAAUCUUUCCUGAUGGUCAAUUUAACUUCUAGUGGAAGGCUGAACAAUCAAAAAAUAUUGUUUAAAUAGCGGGUGAGACAAACUGUAAUGACACAAUGUGAACAGAUUGUGAAACAAACUAUGACGUGACCAGUUCCCGUCUGUCUCAAUGUCUGUCAUAACAUCCGAACUGAACCAGACUGAAACAUUUAAUCCAUAAAUGAUUUUAUUUCAUGUAAAUCGGUCAUGUACUCGGAUUGAUCUUUGUCACUUGUUUGUGUAAAACCUAAUGAGAUAACUUAAUUAUCAGCAUCUUACAUAUUAUUUCUGUAUUUGUUAAAUUUCUCCUUUAUGGCGGAAGUCUGCUCCGCGUAAUGAAGAGGUUCAUUACUGUGAAUUUUAUUUUUUUCUGUCUACAAAAUACAAUAUCUACCUCGUUAGCUCUAUCUAUUUCCUCUUGUAAUUACUUUGUUGAUUGAUGAUGAAAGAUUAAGAAUAGCUAAAGAUGCCAUUUGGGUGCACAAUCCUGAAGAUUUAUGUUGUAAUGUAAGGGCAAAAUAACAACUGUCUGGUGUAGAAGAUUAAUCUAAAUGUGAUCCAUGAAGUCGUGUAUUGUCAUUGAGUACCUUUUAACUUUGACAGAGUGUGCCAUUAUAAAAUGAUUCUCCUAUAGCAGGACUAUGAAUGGGACUUAAUGCACUGGGGAUAAAUGUAAAUGUAAAAGGUUAUGUUGACCUUCAAGAGCUUAUAUUACUUGUUCUUGUUGUGGACUAAACCAAAAGAUGUACAGGUUGAAAAGUUAUUAUUUCUAAUUAUUGCUUAAAAUAUUUAUUGCAGGAUUUAAAAUGUUUUAAACUGCACUUGAUGAUUUAAGUAGACCCAUGCUGUGAUUGAUUGUUAAAUAAAC